AUGAUAUUAAUUAUAAAACGACCAUUUUGGGGACUCGUACAGAUUUUUCCCAAGAAACUUCUUUCUGAAUGUUACACGUCUUCCUCCUGUAAAAUAAAGCUUUCAGCGAUUAAAACUUCAAACAUACCCAAAAAUUUGCAUUUUCGUCCAUGGCACACAACCACAUAUUUGCAUCGAACAUUACGAAACUUGAAUAAUGCUCGGAUUUCCUUAUACAAGAACAAUUCGAUUAACAUCCACAGACUUGCAAAACGUCAAAUUCGUUUUAACACAACAAUAGCAACAAGUGCUUGCUCUACUGCAGAUCAAGAGCCAAAUAAUGAUCCUAAAUGGCUCAACUUGUCUUUUUAUACUUUUAAUCCUAUUGAAGAUACACGGUUAGGUUCUCUUCACCAAUCAAUGGUGAAAAAUUUCAAGGAUUUUGGGAUUUUAGGUAGGAUCUAUAUUUCUACUGAGGGGAUCAAUGCUCAAAUAUCGUGUCCUGGUGAAAAGGUGAACGCGUUAAGAAAGUAUUGUGACGAGGAAAUUCCCAGGUUUUUUGGAAAGAUUGAUGAGCGAGUAGAUGGUGGAAUUGGUGACUUUAAUUAUUCGACGAUACAUGGAGAUCGAGCGUCUUUUCUGAAAUUGAUUGUGCGGAUAAGGAAUCAGAUUGUAGUUGACGGUCUUAAACCUGGGUCCUAUGAUAUUAGAAAACAACCAAAACAUUUAUCCGCGGAAGAAUGGCAUCAUGCACUCUCUAAUACCAAUAUAAAGCCUAUAGUGAUAGAUAUGCGGAAUCACUAUGAAUCCGAGGUCGGGUAUUUUGAAGAUGCGAUGCGUCCUGAUGUGGAUACUUUUCGUGAUAGUAUUAAAGCAAUGAAUGAGAUUUGUCAAGGAAAACAUGACGAAGAGAUUUUCAUGUACUGUACAGGUGGUAUACGAUGUUCUAAAGCUGGCGCAAUUCUACGCUCAAAUGGCUUCAAAUCCGUAAAUGUGCUAAGAGGCGGCAUAACAGCAUAUGGAAGAUUUGUUGUCGCCAAUCCAUCCAUAAAAUCGCUAUAUAAAGGACGAAACUUUACAUUUGAUAAACGACUCGGCGAACCAAUAACCGACGAUAUUGUGUCGCAAUGUCAUACGUGUGGUAGUCCUUGCAAUAUUCACACAAAUUGCCGAAACAAAGCGUGUAAUUUGUUGUUUAUUCAAUGUCAAAAUUGUAGAGCGAGAACAAAACAUACUUGCGGUAAUAGGGCCUGUUUUGAGAUGGUUGAUACAUGGGAAAAGAUGCUCCAAGAAAAAAAUAGUAGCGAUGAGUCAUCAACAAUAAUGAUACCAAUUAAUAGUUACCCGACAACUGCAGCUGCAGUUCCAACUUCCUCUACUAUUCCAGCUUAUGAUGAUGUAAAGCCAGGAAUUAGUUGUUGGUAUGAUCAUGCACAUCGUGUGCGUCCCAAAUUAGUAAUUGAACGGUUAGGAGGUAAAGGCGAAAAUUUACCCACACAAUCUAUCCAAGAAAUUCUUGCUCAAAAGAUAUCAACAACGGACGAGUAA